GGAAUGUUGGCAAAGAUCUUUACCACAUGGAAACUGCUCUUAAAGCUGUUGGGCCUUGAAAUUUUAUUCAGUAGUCUGAAAUCAACCCCCAGUUUUUCUCAUUCACCCUCCCACUUGGGGUUAGUGCAUAGCCUUGAACACCUAUUGAAGAAAACCAAAAAAACCUUCAAAACAGCUGCAACGGUAUCCUAAGAAGAUUUCAAUUGCAUACGAAUACCCAUAUUCAGGGCACCUAAUUACUAAGAAACAUAAAUUAUCACUAUUUCUUGGAUUUUUGCUAGACAAAUUAAACUUUCUGAAAGAAUUUUUCAUAGUGUUCACUGAUACACAAAAUCUGUUAGUAUCUAAUUAAAGAUCACUAAGGGUUAAAUACUUUUUCCCUGGCCCCUAUUGCGUACACCCUGCCAAAAACAUCCUCUAAGCUUUUAAGUAUUGCUUCGAUGGUCUGCAUUUUUACUUCCAAGGAAUAAGAGAGUUUUGUUCCACAAUAAGCAGGCUAGUAGUUUAUUAACUUCCAGUCACCUUGAUUUCUGCUGAAAUGAAGACUAUGCGGUCCACCCUACUACUGUUACUGUUGGUGCCUCUGACACAGCCAGUACCAUCAACUCAACAGGACUCACAUGUUAUCUCUGAGUAUGGAUCAGAUAAUUCUGAAGAAACCAUGUUUAGCCAAGACGAUGAGGAUAAAUACCAAGAUGGAAAAAAUAUUAAGGAAAAAGUACCUAUGAUAAUACCUGAUGAGAACAGUUUUCAGUUACAAAGAGAUGAAACUGUAACAUCAUUACCUACCAAGAGAGAAAAUGACGAAAUGCCCACGUGCUUACUGUGUGUGUGUUUAAGUGGCUCUGUAUACUGUGAAGAAGUUGAUAUUGAUGCUGUACCACCCUUGCCAAAGGAAUCAGCCUAUCUUUAUGCACGAUUCAACAAAAUUAAAAAGCUGACUGCCAAGGAUUUUGCAGACAUGCCUAACUUAAGAAGACUUGAUUUUACUGGAAAUUUGAUAGAAGAUAUAGAAGAUGGUACUUUUUCAAAACUUUCUCUGUUAGAAGAACUUUCACUUGCUGAAAAUCAACUACUGAGACUUCCAGUUCUUCCUUCAAAGCUCAUUCUACUUAAUGCAAAACACAACAAAAUCAAGAGUAGAGGAAUCAAAGCUAAUGCAUUUAAAAAACUGAAUAAGCUUUCCUUCCUCUACUUGGACCACAAUGCCCUGGAAUCUGUGCCUCCUAAUUUACCAGAAAGUCUUCGUAUUAUUCAUCUUCAGUUUAACAACAUAACUUCAGUUACAGAUGAUACAUUCUGCAAGUCUAAUGACACCCGUUAUAUUCGGGACCGUAUUGAAGAGAUUCGUCUGGAGGGCAAUCCAAUCAUCCUGGGAAAGCAUCCAAACAGUUUCAUUUGCUUAAAAAGAUUACCGAUAGGGUCAUACUUUUAACCACUAUCAAUACAGUAUAUAAGCAAAAGUACACAUACUUAUAAUCUGUCCCAACAAUGUGUCAAGGAACAUCAGUAUUGGUUUAAUAUUAUUCUUAUAUCCCAUUAAGAAGGAAUUUUAUAUUUUAAGCAAAGAUGCAUAAAAAUCUUACACACAAGCAAAAAUGAAGUAAUGUGAAAAAACUUAAAAAGCAAUUUUUAAAAAUCCUUGUAGUUCGGGCCGGGAUUUAGCUCAGUGGUUCUGCCACCUGCCUCGCAGAAGGUGAGUUCGAUCCCUGGUACCAAAAACAAAAACAAAAAAACCAAAAAUCCUUGUGGUUUAGACUACCAUUUAAAAGACAUGUCUUAAUAUAAAUACAACAUCUGAGACACAUUAUUCUCAUUACUAAUGAAGUAAGUGAAGUCUAGGAAACUUUCAGUUGUUUGUCUUUUCUGGCCUUUACUGUAUCUCAAAAGCAUUUAAGGCAGCCAUUCCAAAAACUCUGAAAAGCUAAAUAUUUCCAGUGAUCUCCCAUGUUUCCAUUACGAUUCAUCAUUAUACACUAUGAAGUAAGAACUUUGUUUUCUUCCUGUGAAGGCAGCUAUUUUACUGUAUUUUCACUUAGCCUGAGAAAUAGGGUAUAGUCUCAUACCUAGAAAAUAUUUCUCAAAUAAAAUAGAAUUUUACUCUCUGCUUAUAUAAAAAUGUUCAAUUUUCUAGUUUGUGGUCACACAGUUAGUCUUUAAUAAAACAAUAAAAUUUUCUUUAAUCUAGAUGUUAUUAUUCUAAGACUAUUAUAAAACAUUUUAAAAGGGCAAGUAGGUCCAAACCAGUAAGCUUAUAAGAAAACAAAACAACAAUAACAACAAAACUCUAGAAGUCUAGCCUAUUUCUCAGAGGACAGUAAUAAGGCUCCUCCAAUGUAAAGAUUUUUAAAUAUGAAAUAACUGCAAAAUAUUUUCUUUUUACAUGACAGGAAUAAGCAUCUCAUCAAUGAAUUUGUGCAAACAUAAGAAAUGAAAACAAAGUGUCUUCCAUGGUGUUACUGCACAGCACCUUCCCGGCUGCCCAUGCACACACAUGUUCACCCAAACAAAAUGGAUAUUCACAACGAAGCUCUGAGUGACAUUUCUCAACAUCCAUGAUGAGCAGAUACACUGAAUGCUGAGAAUCUAAUCUUCAAUCUAAUACUGACAACUUACGACAACACAAUGCUACCAAAUUAAAAGUUCUUAAACUAAACUUCUUGCCCAUAUCCCACUAAAGUGUCUUAGUCUACACAUUGCUUUGGAGUUAAACUCAAAAUUAUCAGCUUUAGAAACAUGAUCAUGACAUGUGUGCAUCAAAGUAUGCCAUUUCCAUUAUAAAUUAUACAUGGGAAUCAAGUUGAUCUCAUAUAUAUAUAUACACACAUAUAUAUAUAUAUAUUCAAUCCUACUUUUAAGCAUUUCCUUGUUUUUUACCUUAUCUAAAAUGAAUCCCCCUAUUUGUCAAGGUUGACCCCAAGAUGAAACUUUUCCAUUUAAGCAUCUGUGACCUCUUAAGGCUACAAUUAUUAUUCUAAUAUUGCAUACUAACUUGCUCAUUUAUUUUGGUAAUUAAUGAUCAUAACUAUUAUGCUGCUUUCAUAUUUUGUGUGUCUCAUUUCUUUGUGACUGAAAGUUGAGAGCACUGAACAUAGCCUUGUCUUUAUACUUUUAUGAUGCCUAGCACAAGAGUGAGCACAUGUGAAUACACAGUAAAUAUUGUAAAACUUAUCCAAAUAGAAGGGUUCUGUUUUAUUUUGAAAAAAUUAGAAUCUUUAAACUAGCAUAAGCUUGAAUAAACCAAUGGAAAUGAAUUAACUCUAUCUGGAAAUAUAUACCUGAUAAAGGAGGACUCCAUGAUAAGAUUGAGACUACAGAAAGUGGUUAGAUAUAUCUGUUAAGUUUCUAGUUUUCAGAACAAAAAUAUAUUCCUAUAUUCCUUUUUUUUUUUGGUACCAGGGAUCAAACUUGGGACCUUGCGCUUGCAAAGCAGGCAGUGGAACCACUGAGCUAAAUCUCCAAUCCCCUAUAUUGUUUUAAUAACAAAACUUACUGAGAAGAGCAACAUAAAAUAACUCUCAAAUUUAAAAAAAAACAGACAUGAAUAUAGGUACCAUACAUCUUCAUCUACAUACUCUUAAAUUGGAAAUAAAAUAAGCAAUACAAAUUAUACCACCCAGAUCCAGAAGGUAACAGAAAAAUUAAUGCAAAAAAGUAAAAAUACUGACUUGCUUAUAGUAUAUAGAUAUUUUAUUCUCUUUGUUUUUUUUGGUACUGAGGAUCGAACUUAGGACCUUGCACUUGCGAGCCAGGAGCAGUGCCACUGAGCUAAAUCCCUGGCCCUUGAUGUUUUAUUCUUGACAAUAAUUAAGAAAUACAGGCUUAAAAUUAAAAUUAAUAAAACUAUUACUCCUUACAAACACUGUUAAAAGAAACUGAAGGCACAUAUAAAUGGAGAAAUAUCCUGUGUUCAUGGAUUGCAAAAUUUACUAGUAAGAUGACAAAACAAUCUACAGAUUCACUCCAAUCUCUACGAAGGUCCCAGAGAUGUUUUUUUGCAGAAAUAGAAAAAUCCACUUUAAAAUUCACAUGGAGGGCAGGAGAUUUAGCUCAGUGGCUCUGUGGCCUGCCUUGCAAUCACAAGAACCCGAGUUCAAUCCCCAGUAUCAAAAAAAAAAAAAAAAAUUCACAUGCAGUCUCAACUGACCCCAAAUAAAUGGAAGAAUCAUGAAAAUAAGAAAGAGAGAAGACACAAAUCCCAAUUUUAAAACUUACUAAAAAGCUACAGUAAUCAAGACAGUGUGGUACUGCCAUAAAUGCAGACAUAUAACCAAUGUAAUAGACUAGAGAAGCUAGAAAUAAAUCCUUGAUGCAC